AUGCCUGUUGUAUGGCCAACCCUUCUGGAUCUCAGCAGGGAUGAAUGCAAAAGGAUCCUUCGAAAAUUGGAAUUGGAGGCAUAUGCUGGAGUUAUCAGUGCCCUGCGGGCACAGGGGGACCUCACGAAGGAAAAGAAAGAUCUUCUUGGGGAACUCUCAAAAGUUCUUAGUAUUUCAACAGAACGCCAUCGUGCUGAAGUGCGGAGAGCAGUAAAUGAUGAACUGUUAACAACAAUUGCACAUAAAAUGAAUUUAUCCUUAUAUUUGGGUGAGAGACCAAGUUACAGUAUGUCUGGACCCAAUAGCUCUUCAGAAUGGUCUAUUGAAGGUCGUCGACUAGUACCACUGAUGCCCCGGCUAGUUCCCCAAACUGCCUUCACUGUCACAGCUAAUGCUGUUGCCAAUGCAGCUAUCCAGCACAAUGCAUCUCUUCCAGUGCCUGCAGAAACAGGAAGCAAAGAAGUAGUGGUUUGUUAUUCCUACACGAGUACCACGUCAACCCCAACCUCCACCCCAGUUCCAAGUGGCAGCGUUGCAACGGUAAAGUCACCGAGACCUGCCAGUCCUGCCUCCAAUGUAGUUGUUUUGCCAAGUGGAAGUACUGUUUAUGUCAAAAGUGUUAGCUGUUCAGAUGACGAUGAAAAGCCCAGAAAAAGAAGACGAACAAAUUCGUCUAGUUCUUCCCCUGUUGUUUUAAAGGAAGUUCCCAAGGCUGUCGUUCCUGUCUCUAAGACUAUUACUGUGCCUGUAAGUGGCAGCCCCAAGAUGAGCAAUAUCAUGCAGAGCAUCGCCAACUCCUUACCUCCCCACAUGUCUCCUGUGAAAAUCACCUUCACAAAGCCCUCCACUCAGACGACCAACACAACGACACAGAAGGUGAUCAUUGUGACUACAUCACCAAGCUCAACCUUUGUACCCAACAUUCUUUCGAAAUCUCAUAAUUAUGCUGCAGUCACUAAACUGGUCCCCACAUCAGUCAUUGCCUCCACAACUCAGAAGCAACCUGUGGUCAUAACUGCUUCCCAGUCCUCUUUGGUCAGUAGCAGCAGCAGUGGCAGCAGUAGUUCCACUCCAUCCCCCGUUCCUAAUACCAUUGCCGUAACAGUCGUGGUGUCCUCAACACCGUCUGUGGUUAUGUCAACAGUAGCACAAGGGGUAUCCACAUCAGCAAUUAAGGUGGCAUCAACCAGACUUCCUUCCCCUAAAAGCUUGGUGGCCACCCCCACUCAAAUUCUAGCACAAUUCCCUAAACAACAUCAACAAUCCCCGAAACAGCAACUACAUCAAGUUCAGCAACAGACCCAGCAGCAGUUGGCCCAGCCCACAGCAAUAUCUCAUCAACAACAGCCUCAGCAGUCUCAGUUACCACCUGGAAUCAAACCCACCAUCCAAAUCAAACAGGAAUCAGGUGUUAAAAUUAUCACUCAGCAAGUUCAGCCAAGUAAAAUCCUCCCUAAACCAGUCACAGCAACACUGCCCACUAGUAGCAAUUCACCUAUUAUGGUGGUAAGCAGCAAUGGGGCAAUUAUGACAACUAAAUUGGUUACCACUCCUACUGGUACACAGGCAACCUAUACUCGACCAACAGUCAGCCCUUCAAUAGGGGCUCGAAUGACUGCAACCCCUGGAGCUGCUACCUAUGUGAAAACCACCAGUGGCAGCAUCAUUACAGUAGUACCCAAAUCAUUAGCUACCUUGGGGGGCAAGAUAAUUAGCAGCAACAUAGUCUCUGGAACGACCACCAAAAUCACCACCAUCCCAAUGACUUCCAAGCCCAAUGUGAUUGUUGUGCAAAAGACCACAGGAAAAGGAACGACCAUUCAAGGCCUCCCAGGCAAAAACGUUGUCACAACAUUGCUAAACGCUGGAGGGGAAAAGACCAUUCAGGCAGUGCCAGCAGGAGCAAAACCAGCUAUCAUCACUGCUACAAGACCCAUCACGAAAAUGAUUGUGACUCAGCCGAAAGGAAUAGGCUCUACGGUUCAGCCAGCAGCUAAAAUCAUCCCAACAAAAAUUGUUUAUGGGCAGCAAGGCAAAACACAGGUUCUCAUCAAACCAAAACCAGUGACAUUUCAAGCCACAGUUGUUAGUGAGCAGACAAGGCAGCUGGUGACAGAAACCUUACAGCAAGCCUCCAGGGUUGCCGAGGCUGGAACUGCAUCUGUUCAAGAGGUGAAAGAAGAACCACAGAGCUAUACAGACAGUAGCUCCUCUUCUACUGAAUCUUCCCAAAGUUCUCAAGAUUCCCAGCCUGUAGUUCAUGUAAUUGCUUCCCGGCGUCAGGAUUGGUCAGAACAUGAGAUUGCAAUGGAGACUAGUCCUACUAUAAUUUAUCAGGAUGUAUCCAGUGAAUCGCAGUCAGCUACUUCAACAAUCAAAGCUCUCUUAGAACUCCAGCAGACAACAGUGAAGGAGAAAUUGGAAUCCAAACCAAGACAAGCCACUAUUGACUUGAGUCAAAUGGCAGUUCCUAUUCAAAUGGCCCAAGAAAAGCGGCGCUCUCCUGAGAGUCCGUCAAUCGCUGUGGUGGAGUCAGAGCUUGUCACUGAGUAUAUCACCACUGAACGCACUGAUGAGGGAACAGAGGUUGCUUUUCCCCUUCUAGUUAGCCAUCGUUCCCAGCCCCAUCAGCAGUCCUCCCAGCCCCAGCGGACUCUGCUUCAGCAUGUGGCCCAGUCUCAAACAGCUACACAGACUUCGGUGGUGGUCAAGUCCAUCCCUGCAUCAUCUACAGGCGCCAUUACCCACAUCAUGCAGCAGGCUUUAAGCAGUCAUACAGCUUUUACCAAACACAGUGAGGAACUUGGAACUGAGGAAGGCGAGGUAGAAGAGAUGGACACUUUAGACCCUCAGACAGGUCUGUUUUAUAGAUCAGCUCUGACUCAGUCACAAGCCCCCAAACCACAGAAGCCCCAACUGGAGCCAGCUCAACUGCAAGUGAAAACCCUUCAGUGCUUCCAGACUAAACAGAAGCAAACUAUCCACCUGCAGGCUGAUCAGCUCCAGCAUAAACUCCCGCAGAUGCCCCAGCUUUCCAUCAGACACCAAAAGCUUACCCCUCUUCAACCAGAGCAAGCACAGAUCAAGGCCGAGGUGCAGCACAGCCAGCAUCACCCGGGGGCCAAAGAAAGGCAGCUCCCCACGCUAAUGGCACAGCCCCAGCAGACUGUAGUACAGGUUUUGGCUGUGAAAACCACGCAGCAGCAGCAGCAGCAGCUCCCCAAACUCCAGCAGGCACCGAAUCAGCCAAAAAUCUACGUGCAGCCCCAGCCCCCGCCCCCUCAGGGCCCCCUGCAGCUCCCCGCAGCUUCUGAGAAACAGCCAGCGAGCCAGGUGGAGCAGCCAGUUAUAACUCAAGGAUCCUCUGUUACAAAGAUAACCUUUGAGGGGCGGCAGCCUCCCACUGUUACAAAGAUAACUGGUGGCAAUUCUGUGCCUAAGCUGGCAGUGCCAGUUACAGGCAUAUCUCCCAUGCAGGCAUCUGAGAAGACAGCAGUCUCAGACAUUUUGAAAAUGUCUAUGAUGGAAGCUCAGAUUGACACAAAUGUAGAACAUAUGGUAGUGGAUUCCCCCAACAAGGCAAUUGCCACUAAUAAACUCCCUGGUGAAGCAGACUCGUCACCCUCUACCCAGGUGGUGGCAGUAGGGCUGGCGACUUCCACUCCCCAGCAACAGAAAUGUAGAGAAGCCUGUUCAAGUCCUUCUGCUAUUGGUCCAUCUUUAACAACACGGAAAAUUGAAGCACCAGGAGUACCUGCAACAGGCCAGUUCAUACGUAUUCAGAAUAUAGGCCAAAAGAAAGCUGAAGAGAGCCCUGCAGAAAUUAUUAUCCAGACUAUCCCUCAGUAUUCCAUUCCUUGUCACUCCAGCUCCAAUGUGGUGGUAGAACCCAGUGGGUUUCUUGAACUCAAUAACUUCACUAGUCAGCAGCUGGAUGAAGACGAGACGGUAUUGGAGCAGGACUUGGACAGCAGCACAGAGGAGGGAACAGAACCCAGCCCUUCUCAAAAUUCAGCCGAACGGUCCUAGUGUUUUGGACACCAGAGUGCACUUUAAAACCUGCUGGGUUCUCUUCCCAGGUGUCCAGGGAAUUCCUUGUAUUUUGUUGUAUAAAGAAAGCACUUUGCAAUUAGUUAUGCCAUGGAUCCUGAAAUGACAGGUGCGUUUCACCAAGAUGUUGCUGCCAGAGCACCAUUUUAAAACUUGAGUUGAAACUCACAAGGGUAGAAUGUCCUUUUUUAAAAAAGAAAAAAAGAAUUAAAUAAAAAAGGAAAAGGAAAAAAAUCUGCAACAACUUAAGACCUUCUUAGUAAAAACUUCUCUUGGACUAUAACCAGAUAGAAAACUUUGUCCUGCAGUGAAGAGAGACUUUUCCUGUUUUUGUUUCUCAGUUGGCAUCUGCUAAACAAAACACCAUUGGAAAGGACUGUGAAUGGACAUUGUGUUUUAGAAAAAGCACACCAGGGACAGUUUUAAAUCUCUCUUUUUUUUUUC